CGUCUGUUCACACAGACUCUCAGCGAUCCAAGUUUGGAGCUUUCAGCUGCUAUCCUUGGCCCAUCAUGUAAGUGCAGCUGAGCUUUCCUUGCAGUGCAAUCAAAAAAUUCCUCUUUCCAGCCUGUUUUGCAAGGUGUGCAUUUCUACUUUCGCUCUCUGCACGGAGACCUGCAGCCCACACCCGGAAAACCUCCAGUUGCAUGAAGAUCGGAGCCUGCAUUUUUGCAUUUUUUUGUUGCAAAGCUUUCCACUGAAGCUCCAGUCAGAGAAAGGGAGAGGGAGGGAGAGACAGAGAGAAAGAAGGCAAAGUCUUUGUGAUUCCCCUCCCCCUCAUCAAAGCAACGGGGAAAUGUCUGUGUCAAAGGGAGGCAAAAAGAAGAAUAAGAAGCUGACACUUCCCAAGGAAGUCUUUGAGCAGCCAUCUGCAACCGCAGCACCACCCAGAGACUUGGACUCCAAAGCCUGUGUCACGAUUGGGGAGAAGAACUUUGAGAUGAAGGCAGACGACCUGGAGCAGAUCAGUGAGCUGGGCCGUGGGGCGUACGGAGUGGUAGACAAGAUGAGACACGUUCCCAGCGGCCUGAUCAUGGCGGUGAAGAGGAUCCGAGCGACUGUGAACAGCCAGGAGCAGAAGAGGCUGCUGAUGGAUCUGGAUAUCUCCAUGCGGACAGUAGACUGCCAUUUCACUGUCACGUUCUAUGGGGCGCUCUUCAGAGAGGGAGACGUCUGGAUCUGCAUGGAGCUGAUGGACACAUCGCUGGACAAGUUUUACAAACAAGUGAUCGAGAAAGGCAUGGCCAUUCCUGAGGAUAUCUUAGGAAAGAUCACAGUCUCUAUCGUGAAAGCUUUAGAGCAUCUACACAGCAGGCUGUCUGUGAUCCACAGAGACGUCAAGCCCUCUAAUGUGUUGAUCAACACGCUGGGACAGGUGAAGAUGUGUGAUUUUGGGAUCAGCGGCUACUUGGUGGACUCGGUUGCCAAGACGAUGGACGCCGGCUGCAAGCCCUACAUGGCUCCUGAGAGGAUAAACCCGGAGCUCAAUCAGCAGGGCUACAGUGUGAAAUCGGAUAUCUGGAGUUUAGGAAUUACGAUGAUUGAGCUGGCCAUUUUGCGGUUCCCCUAUGAUUCCUGGGGCACGCCCUUCCAGCAGCUGAAGCAGGUGGUGGAGGAGCCAUCCCCACAGCUCCCAGCCGACAAGUUCUCGGGAGAGUUUGCCGACUUCACCUCCCAGUGCUUAAAGAAGAAUUCCAAAGAGAGGCCAACAUAUGCAGAGCUCAUGCAACAUCCCUUUUUCACCCUCCACGAUUCCAGUGAGACUGACGUGGCCAGCUUUGUGAAAAUAAUCCUGGGGGAAUAAGUGAACCUCUGGGCCCCCGCACACACGCCUGGGGGAAGCAGGACUACUCCACUUAUGCACCAAUCGCAAUCCAGAAACCGAGAGAAACCCAUGGCAAGGUGGGGGGGCGUGGCAAAACAACCCGCGCCGCUGAGACUGACACACGUUACAGAAUGCAAAGGGUUGGUAGCUGUGCUGAAAUGCACCAAGCGCAGAGAGCAGACUAGACGAGGGACGUUUCUCACGCCAGGGCCCUCUAGGUGAUUUUAGACGAUGUCAGUUAAAAUAAUAUCUUCUUCCAAGACCCACUCCACUCCCAAAACAGAAGUCAAACUCAGCUUGCUCCUCCCCAGGUGUUAUGAAGUUGUGUGUGUGUGUGUGUGUGUGUGUGUGUGUGUGUGUGUGUGUGUGUGUGUGUG